AUUCUUUAAAAAUAUCUCUUGUGAAUUUUGUACUAGUGACUUCGUAAACGAAAAACCAGGCUGUGAAGAAAAUACCAAUUCCAAGAAGAACCAUAGCUAGUAUUGGAAAUACAGCUGGAUUUACAGUUUGCUUAUCUCAGAGAAGUGCAUUUUCAUGUUCGAUACAACAAUUGUGCCGGUCAUUGUUAAUAAACAUGGCAGCCGCCACAGGAUCGAAGGAUGUUAAUACCUUUUUGAGUCAAAGACAAAAUGUUACGGAUAAAGAAUUGGCCGCAGAAUGGGCACAAUUGGAGGAGCUUUAUAAUAAAAGACUAUGGCAUCAACUCACUCUAAAAUUGGAGACAUUUGUCAAACAUCCUGCUCUCCAAAAAGGUGAUAAUCUCAUCCAAUUGUAUAAAAACUUCUUGUCAACGUUCGAAAAUAAAAUUAAUUCUUUGUCUCUCGUGGAGAUAUCAGCACACAUUGUUCAGCAGUUUGUAGAUAAAAAAGAAGCUGUGAAAUUUUUAGAAAAAACAGAGACUAAAGUUAGUAAUAACAAUGAAGCAGUUGCAUUGUGUAAAGUAUUGCAAGGACAAAUUCUUUUGGAUAAACUCAAUGAUCAAGUGAAGACAAAAAAAAUCAUUGAAGAUGUCGAAGCAAUGCUUGAUAAUGCUGAUGGGGUUACCUCUGUACAUGGUAGAUUUUAUCUACUUGCUAGCAGAUUAUAUCGAUUGCAAGGAAAACAUGCUGAAUAUUAUCGUACAGCUUUAAGAUAUUUAGGUUGUAUUAAUUUGAGUACUUUAAACAAACAAGAACAAGAGCAACAUGCAUUUUUCCUCGGAUUAGCAGCUCUUCUAGGUGAGGGAGUUUACAACCUUGGAGAACUUUUAGCUCAUCCAGUGUUAGACUCAUUGAGAGGUACUCCAAAUGGUUGGCUAGUUGAUCUUCUUCAAGCCUUCAAUGCAGGCGACAUUGCUGCUUUUGAAAAACUCAAACCUCAAUGGACUAAAGUUGCUGAUUUAGCAGCACAAGAAUUGAAAUUACGGCAAAAAAUAUCAUUGUUGUGUUUGAUGGAGAUGACAUUCAAACGUCAAGCAAAUAAUCGCCAACUUACGUUUACGGAAAUUUCACAAGAAACACGACUGCCAGUUAAUGAAGUAGAACUAUUAGUUAUGAAAGCUCUAGCUCAAGGUCUUGUUCGUGGAGCUAUAGAUCAAGUAGCCGGUACUGUCAAUAUGACUUGGGUCCAACCGAGAGUUCUUGAUCGCAAUCAAAUCUCCGGAAUGGUUCAGCAGUUAGAUCGUUGGUGUAAAGAUGUUAAUUUAAUGGAAAUGCUACUUGAAUCCCGAGCGUCCGAAAUUUUGACUCUUUAAUAAACAAGAAAAGUGUAAGAAUUAUCUUCUUUAUUCAGUCUUGGGUUUCAAUCUUUUUUAUUUCCUUCAAAUAAAAAAUUUCUAAUUCAUCUAUUUGGAAUACGUCAAUUGGUACAGAAAAAAUUCUAAAUGAUCAAAUUUUUCGUCGACAACUAGAAUGUAUUCAAAAUGUGCUUGUUUUAUUAAUAAAAAUAAAUAUCAC